GCCCAUCUAUUUGAGGUUGCAGUUGACCAUGGAUGCCGGUCUAAACUAUGAAAACAUGCAGUGUUCUGAAUAUUCCUCACCCAGAAGAAUAAGCACCCAAUUAAAUGUUGUUCAACAGGCAGAUCGCCGAUUAUGCCCUCAUUGGUAUUGGAUUGUUCUUUGGCUUUCCUGUGCUGGGAAUAUUCUCUUGGUGGUGGCCAUGAUACUGAUAGGAGUUCUUGGCCUGGGUUGCAGUUCCUCAACAGCACAAAACAGACCCUCACAAAACCCAGAGGAAACGACUGGAAUUUCAAAUACACAUCAGUGCAAUCAUCUUGAAAGCAAAACAAAGAGUCAAUUACAAACAUUCAGGUCUUUAAGGCAAUAUUUGUGUGAUGGUACAGAUAUAUUUACAGAGAAUAGAUCCUGCAGUGUGUGCCCUAGGACAUGGCUUCCGUAUAAGGACAAAUGCUACUGGGUUUCUACUUCAAUCCAGUCCUGGAACCAAAGCUACAAGGACUGUGUGGCAAACGGAUCUCAACUGUUGGUGAUUUCUAAUACAGGAGAGCAGGAAUACGUCCAGAACAUAAUAAAGAACAAGAGUACAUGGAUUGGGCUCAUGUUCAAAUUGCCAGAGAAGAAGUGGAUGUGGAUCAAUGGUUCACCGUUAAGCCGAACGCUAUCCCAACCCUUAAUGGCUGGCUGCGGUGUUAUAGAAAAGAAGGGAAUCGGGUCUGAUAUGUGCAGUACAGAGCUUCACUGGAUUUGUCAGAAACCGUCUGUAUUCAUCUGAGGAUUUGCAUGCUGAAUUAAAAACAAAAUCCUCCCCUCCCCCUGUAAAUGUUGGCUGCCUUUUUCAACAAUGGCUGUUCCACCCCAGAGCAAAGAGCUGCUAUCUGAGGAAGCAACUGCGAAAUCCUUAUGCCAGCCUGUUGUAGAUGAGAAAAGGAGCAUAAAAGGAAGUGACUUCUAAAUGAAAAAGAUUUUACAGAUAUAGAUUAACAGAGUUGGAAGGGACCUUGUAGGUCAUCUAGUCCAACCCUC